UUAAUUUAAUAAUUUAAUAUAAUUAAGUUUAUUAAUUCGUAUAUUGUGUUGCAUAUUAUUGUAUACGUUUAUUCGUCAUGGAAAAAUCAGAUGAUGAUAUUAUGGCCACUAUUGGUUGCUUGGUAGCAGUUAAUUGCUUGAAAAAAACACGCGUAAAAAAGAGGGAAAGAAGUGUAUGGGUGAAGGAAUGGUUGUCAAAAAGAGCACAAUACUCACAUGUCAACCUGAUAAAUGAGCUCAGAAUUUGCCCUAAAGACUGGCAAAAUUAUUUAAGGAUGGACGAGGACACAUACGUGAAAUUACUGUCAUUAGUCACCCCUUUUAUCAAAAAAAAUGAUACGGUCAUGAGACGAGCCAUUUCACCCCAUGAAAGGCUCACGGCGACUCUCAGGUUUUUGGCAACAGGAAGAAGUUACGCAGACUUGAAGUUUUCGACAAUUAUUUCCCCACAGGCUCUUAGUUGCAUCAUCCCAGAAACUUGUAAUGCUAUCUAUCGAGUUCUAAACCAGGAUUAUUUAAAGAUUCCUCGAACGGCCCAAGAAUGGAAGGGUAUUUCAAAUGAAUUUGACACAAAAUGGAAUUUUCCCCACUGCCUAGGAGCUAUGGAUGGAAAACAUAUUACCAUUGUACCCCCUGCUGGAAGUGGGUCUAAUUAUUACAAUUAUAAAGGGAGGCAUAGUAUGGUUUUACUUGCUAUAGCUGACGCCAACUAUCAAUUUAUAAUGUGUGAUUUUGGUACAAAUGGAAGAAUUUCAGAUGGUGGAGUUCUGAAAAACACGAUAUUUUAUAAAAAACUUGAAAAAAAUCUAUUAAACAUCCCUCAGCCUGAUAGAAUCAGAAACUCUGAUAUCAAUGUGCCCUACGUUUUUGUUGUAGAUGAUGCUUUCCCUCUGACAGAAAACAUGAUGAAACCAUUUAGACGAGCUCAAUUAACUUCCGUCAACAGAAAGAUAUUUAACUACCGCUUGUCCCGAGCCAGACGCAUUAUUGAAAAUGCAUUCGGAAUUUUGGUGGCUCGAUUCAGAAUAUUUCAUACAGCAAUCAACUUGAAACCCGAACACAUUGAUUCCGUCGUUAUGGCUUGCUGUGUACUACAUAACUUUUUACUAAAAAUGGUACCUAGUUCGUAUGCUCCUCCAGAGUGCUUUGACCGUGAAAAUACGAGUGAAGGCACAAUUUUAACAGGAUAUGAAGCACAAAACGAUCACACAUAUGGAUUAAAUAGAAGCAAUUUAGGAAACCCACCUCGAUCGGCCAAAGAGUUGCGUGAGGAUUUUAUGAAAUAUUUUGCUAAUGAAGGUCAAGUUCCUUGGCAACAGGACUGUAUUUGAAAUUUUAUUAUUUUAUUAUACUUAUGUACUAACUAAAUACUUAUUGUAAUAUUAAUCAAAUAAAGUCUAUACUAUUUAAAAUAUGCCAUUAUUGUAUGCCAAUUCAAUUAAAAUUAUAACUUACGUUUCCAAAAAUACUGUUUUCAUUAUCAAAAUCGUUUUCUAAACUGGAAUGGGAAGUUCUUGGUGUAUCUUGGUCACCCAGAAAACUAAAUCAAAAAAUUACAAGCG